GCGGGAUCAAAGCAACGUGAUCCCACUUCAGAGCCAGACAAGAAUUGGCCAAAAGCAACUGGUCUAUGAGAGUCCAGGAUGGGGAACUGGGCCGUCAACCACUGGUUUUCACUGCUGGUGAUCGCUGCUUGGAUAGCAUUGAAUAUAUACCUGUUUGUGACGUAUUUCCUGAUAUUUGAUAGAAGUGAACAGUACUAUUACACCAGACAGAUUCUUGGGUCUGCGCUGGCUUGGGCUCGGGCUUCGGCCAAGUGUCUGAACUUCAAUAGUCUGUUGAUCCUGUUGCCCGUUUGCCGGAAUCUCCUCUCCUUCGUAAGAGGCACCUGUCGGUGUUGCAGGCGCACCAUGAGACGGCAGCUGGAUCAUAACCUGGCCUUCCAUAAACUGGUGGCUUACAUGAUUGCUCUUCAUACAGCGAUUCACGUCAUUGCUCAUUUGUGCAACGUUGAGUGGUACAUCGAUGCUCAGCAGAAAACAGAUGAGAGCUUGCCUUUCAUCCUGUCCCACCUUCACAAGACGGAUGGUUUGUGGUUGAAUCCUAUCCACUCCAACUCGACAAUUCCUUUAUAUGUAGCGUUCACCACCAUUCCAGGCCUGACGGGUGUAAUCAUCACUUUGGCACUUAUUCUCAUGAUCACUUCUUCCAUGGAACAAAUCCGCAGGAGCUAUUUCGAAGUCUUCUGGUACACCCACCAUCUCUUUGUCAUCUAUUUUGCUGGCCUCGUCAUCCACGGGAUCGCAGGUCUUGUUCGUGGGCAAACGGCUGAAAGUCUGACGAAGAAUAACCCCAAGCGGUGUGCGCAUCACCCUACCCAGUGGGGCCGAAACAGCAGCCGUCACUCUUGUGAAGUGCCUGAGUUUGGAAGUAUUCCGGCUGAGUCCUGGAAGUGGGUGCUGGCACCUAUUAUUUUCUAUGCAUUUGAGCGAGCCCUGAGGAUUUGGCGUUCCUGCCAGAAGGUGGUUAUUACAAAGGUCAUCAUGCAUCCCUCAAGAGUCCUGGAAAUUCAGAUGUGCAAGGCAGGUUUCAGCAUGGAAAUCGGACAGUAUGUGUUCCUCAACUGCCCCACCAUCUCCUAUCUAGAGUGGCAUCCGUUCACUCUCACCUCUGCCCCAGAGGAAAACUUCUUCUCGGUCCACAUUCGGGGGGCAGGUGAUUGGACCGAGACCUUGAUUGACACCUUGCAGCAGCCAAACACAUCGAUGCCCAGGAUAAUGGUGGACGGUCCUUUUGGCACAGCCAGUGAAGAUGUCUUCCAGUAUGAGGUGGCCAUGCUGGUGGGAGCUGGAAUUGGGGUGACUCCCUUUGCUUCGGUACUGAAAUCCAUCUGGUACAAGUUCCAGCACGGUGUCCAGGAACUUCAAACCAGAAAGAUUUACUUCUACUGGGUUUGCCGAGAAACGGGAUCAUUUGCCUGGUUCAAGCACCUCCUUUCCUCCUUGGAGCAAGAGAUGGAGGGAUCUGGCAGAGCAGAUUUCCUGAGCUAUCAUCUCUACCUCACAGGCUGGAACAGAAGCAUGGUUGGCCAUGCGGCUCUCUAUUUUCAGAAGUCCACCGACAUGGUGACAGGCCUGAGGCAAAAAACCUCUUUUGGGAGACCCAUGUGGAAUAAUGAAUUUUCAGCAGUGGCGGCUGCACAUCCCAGGUCUGUUGUGGGUGUGUUCUUGUGUGGACCAGAGCAGCUGGCAAAAACUCUGAGAAAGUACUGCAGUCAGCACUCUAGUCUGGAUCCCAGAAAUGUCCAGUUUUAUUUCAACAAGGAGAACUUUUGAAAUACCAGGACCCAAGUCAGAAGGGGAAAACCAUUAAACGCCUCGCUAAAACGAAAUGAUGACUAUCAGACCAGAGUUUGCAACUUUUAACAAGCAACGGACACUUCUUUCAAUUUUGCAUAUUGCCAGGAUAAUUUUUUUCUAUUUUUUUUUAAAGUUUAAAUAGACAAAAUGUAAACUUAAAAAAAAACAAUGCUGGGAGCCUAUUAGCACUACUAAAUUGGCACACUGCACUGCCAUCUGACUAUAUUGAUAAAAGCCAAUCUUUUAGUGAAUUGUGAGUUCAGGAUCAACGUACAAGUUUUUUUUAAAUUGCUUUCUGGCAAAAAAGCGCAAACUUUUUUGUAUUGAUGACAGACAAUUUAGGGACAAAAAAAAAUGUUCAAAUAACUGAGCCUGGGAAAUGCUGUCCUUCCCAAAGCUGCAAGUAAAAAGAAUGGCACAUUCAAACCUUUGAUUCUUGCUUCCUCCGGCAAACGCCCAUCUCUUAUUUUGACCGCUGUAUACUAAAAUCUAUGCUGAUGUCACAUCUUCAAAGCUAUAAUCAACUCAAAUCUUCUAUUCAGCCAGAGUCAACAUUUCCCAGAUGUUGCCCUUAUUUUAUUUUAUUUUAUUUUUUGCAAGGGCUGCAGCCUGCAGACCAUAUUUGAGCAAUCACUUUGUGUGAAUGGAUUCCUCUUGUGGCGGGAAAUUGCAAGGGUGCGACAUGACAGGUGCAUAAACAGCAAUCAGAUCAGGAAUUAUUCCGAUGCUAAUGUUAAAUGUUAAGGGGUUGCAAUGUAUUCUGAGCAGGCUUUUGAAUGGCGCAGAGUCAGGAAAAUGGUUUCUCUGUAAUGUGCCCGUUUCCUGUGUUAGAAUGCUACAGCAGCUGAGCUAUCAUCUGAUUUGCUUACUGGUGGUUUAACUGCUGCUAGUUGGUAUGAACAGCCAAUUCUGAUUUCUUCGUUAAAUCAGGGCAAUGAAACUGCGCCGCAGAAUAGCCUUGGGCUAUUUUGAACACCUAGAUUUCAGCAGCUCUCUUCCAUCAAGAGCCGUGGUGGUGCAGUGGUUAAGAGUCCAGUAUUGCAGGCUGACUGCCUGUUGCCAGCAGCAGUUUGGCAGUUCAAAUCUCACCGGCUCCUUCCCUCCAAUAGCUAUUGCUAUAGUUAACUCUGUCCACCGGCAGCAGUUCAAUCCUGGCUGGCUCAAGGUUGACUCAGCCUUCCAUCCUUCCAAGGUGGGUAAAAUGAGGACCCAGCUUGUUGGGGGCAAUAGGCUGACUCUGUAAACCGCUUAGAGAGGGCUGUAAAAGCACUGUGAAGUGGUAUAUAAGUCUAAGUGCUAUUGCUAUUGCCUUUCCUUCUUUCCUUCUGUUAGAAUUCAAUAUUGCAGACUAAUUCUGUUGAAUGCCAGCAGUUCAAUCCUGAUGGGCUCAAGGUUGAAUCAAUCUUCCACCCUUCCGAGAUGGGUAAAAUGAGGACUCAGAUUAUUGGGGGCAAUAGGCUGACUCUGUAAACCGCUUAGAGAGGGC